AUGAAUGAUGAUAAUAAUGAUGCCAUGAAUGAUACUGUGAGCGAUGCUGUGAGCGAUUCGAUGAACGAUGCUGUGAGCGAUUUGAUGAACAAUGCCGUGAUGAACGAUGCUAUGAACGAUGCUGUGGACGAUGCCAUAAACGAUACUGUAAACAAUACCAUGAGCGAUGCGAUGAAGGAUGCCAUGAGCAGUACCGAUUACAUUAACAAAAUUCAGACAUAUGGUAAUAUUAGAAUUAAUGGGAAUUUCAAACGUGCUGGUUUCAAAAUAAGUAACAAAAUCGAGUUCAUUUUUGUUACUUAUCUUGGAACCAGCACUUUUGGGAUCACUGUGCUUUUUUUAGAUUUUUCUAGUGAUUAUGAUACAUCCAUACCUACUUAUGAGUAUAAGCUUAAUGUAGAAGACGUCUUUGACGACUGGUCAUCUGUUGAUACAUUUAUACAUCAAUACUGUUUUGAACGAGGUUUUGGGUACCAAACUUUUCGUAAUGACAAAGACCCAAAUGAUUCCUCUGUUACUUAUUGCAAGUCUUAUCGUUGCUCAGCAA